UGAAUCUUGCACAAAAUAGCGACCCCGCUGUCGUAUUUAUUUAAAUUUUCGUCUAUAAACAAUUGCUUUUACCAAUCAAAUUCUCUGUAAUUAGACUAAUGUGCAACUAAAUUUAAACACACACCACUGAAGUUUAACAAAGGACGAAUAAAUAAAGCAUAAAAACUACGGCCAAAGAAAAGGAGACGCGCGUCAUUUGUUCGCACAACAAAAAUAGCAUUACAAAAAAAUGCCAAGCGAAAUAAUUACUCUGCAGCUUGGCCAAUGCGGCAAUCAAAUUGGCUUUGAGUUUUGGAAACGCUUGUGCCAGGAACAUGGAAUAUCUCCGAGUGGUGUGUUGGAGGAUUUCGCCACAGAUACGAAUGAUCGGAAGGAUGUGUUUUUUUAUCAGGCAGACGACGACCAUUACAUACCCCGUGCAGUCCUUUUAGACCUUGAGCCGCGCGUUAUAAACACUAUUAUGGGUUCAGCCUAUUCCAAGCUUUACAACCCAGAAAAUGUGUAUUUAUCGAAACACGGUGGCGGUGCCGGCAACAAUUGGGCUUCAGGAUAUAGCCAAGGCGACAAGCUGCAGGAGGAAAUUUUCGAUAUUUUAGAUCGCGAGGCCGAUGGCAGCGAUUCGUUGGAGGGUUUCGUUCUCUGCCAUUCCAUAGCCGGUGGCACCGGAUCGGGUAUGGGCUCGUUUAUAAUGGAGCGUCUGGCUGAUCGCUAUCCAAAGAAGCUCAUACAAACGUACAGUGUGUUUCCCAACCAGGACGAGAUCAGCGAUGUUGUGGUUCAGCCCUACAACUCCAUGUUGACGCUACGCCGACUUACCACCGCCGCGGACAGUGUCGUUGUUUUAGACAACACUGCACUGAACCGUAUUGCCGCCGAUCGCUUACACAUACCAAAUCCAACAUUUACACAAAUUAACACUUUAGUAUCGACCAUAAUGUCGGUAAGCACAACCACGCUGCGUUAUCCUUCGUACAUGAACAACAAUCUUAUUGGGUUAACGGCCCCAUUGAUACCCACACCCCAGUUACAUUUUCUCAUGACUGGUUACACGCCGUUGACUGGCGAUCCGGACAUAAAUAGUCACCAACAUACAGUCAACGUGCGCAAGACCACAGUGCUCGAUGUUAUGCGUCGCUUGCUGCAGCCAAAGAAUAUGAUGGUGUCGACUGGUCUGGACAAAACCAAUCACCACUGCUACAUAUCCAUACUGAACAUAAUUCAGGGUGAGGUUGAUCCCACGCAGGUGCACAAAUCGUUGCAACGAAUACGCGAACGCAAGCUGGCACAGUUUAUACCUUGGGGUCCGACCUCUAUACAGGUGGCACUGUCGCGCUCAUCACCCUAUAUACAGAGCAAUAGUCGUGUGUCCGGGCUCAUGUUGGCCAAUCACACCAGUAUCUGUUCGCUAUUUGAGCGAGCGCUCAACCAGUAUGACAAGCUGCGUAAACGUGGCGCUUUUCUUGACCAAUUUCGACGUGAGGACAUUUUUAAGGAUGAUCUGAGCGAGUUAGACGAAUCGCGCGAUGUGGUCGACUGUCUAGUGCAAGAGUAUGAGGCGGCUACGCGUAUGGAUUACUUGCAGUUCACGGCUAAGCGCCAUACCAAAACUUAUGGGGCAGGUGAUAACAAAUCAGAGGAGAGCAAAUCCACAGAAAAUCUGCCCGUCUAAAUUCUCAUAUUAACGUUUGCCAUACGCGUGCCAUUGUUGCUCGAAUACAUUAAAAUUUUAUUCUUGAGACCUGGGAUUCGAAAUCCUUAAAAAAUUGACUCAUCUAACUAAUAAUCGUAUUAAGGUAUACAAAUAUAUAUAAACAUAAGUUUAUGUCUGUUUUACUGUCAACCAGUAAUGCUGUACUUUUAAAAAGUUGUUCUUUUUGUGCUAAUAAAGUCAAAAUGUCUAAAGCUGC